AUGAGGGCGAUGAGGAUGAUGAAGAUAAUAAUGACGAGGACGACCACGAUGAAGAUGACGACGAUAAUAACAAUGACGAUGAUGAAAAUGACGAGAACGGCGACGAUAACUGUAAUGAAAGACGAUGACGAUAAUAACGACGACGAUGAUGAAAACGAUGACGAAGAAGAUAACAAUGAUGAACACGAGGACGAUGAAGAAAAUGAUGACGAAGUCGAUGACGUCGAAAAUGGUGAUAAAAAUAUUGACGAUGGCGAUGAAGAAAUUGAGGACAAUGACGAUAACGAUGACGACAAUAACGAUGACGACAAUAACGAUGACGAUGACAAUAAUAAUGAAGACGAUGAUGAAGAUAAUGAUGACGAAUAUGAUGAAAAUAAUGAUGAUGAAGACGAUGACGAUGAGAAAAUGAUGAUGAAGUCGAUGACGUCGAAAAUGGCGGACUUCUACACAAACUUAUCGACGACAAUGUUUAACGACAACAGAGACGAGCUCCGAAUGCAGGCCAAACAGCAGAUCGCGACUAUUCAAGAUCAGAAUAAGCGCUCCUACAAUCUUCGACGAUAG